AUGCAAGAUGUUCGUGAUGUUGAUCAUACAUUUAUGAUUAAACCAUUCAAAUAUGAUUCAUCAAAUCCUGAUUGUGAACCUGAGCCAGUUCACGAAAUAGAUACUUAUCGUGACGUAUGGCAAAACGAUUAUGUUCGUGUGCCUUGUUCAGCGGGUAAUAUAACUAGCGAUGGAACAUCUAAAUGGUGUGUUAUUCAAAUUGCAUUGAUGAAGCUUAAAGAAAAGUGUGAAGCGAAUACUGGAACAGUUAAUACUAUAAAAGAUGGUAGUGUGAUGGAUGAAGGAUGUGUUCAAGAAGAAAUACGUUUCACGAUUUCUACUGAAAUGCUUGUUAGUUUACUUGUUUGUGAAAAGAUGCAAUCAAAUGAAUGUAUUUUUCUUAUUGGUUGUGAACAAUUUUCAACUUAUACAGGUUAUGCAAAUACUUUUAAAGCCAUAAUGCAGAUUAUAUUGAUAAAACACCGAAGUAAAAAUAGUUGGGGUCGAAAAUUAUGUCAUGUUGUAGCUAUGGAUGCAAUUUAUUAUGCAAAUCCACUAACACAAUAUACUGUUGAGAAUAUGGCUCGUGAAUUAAUAAAAGCGCAUUUAAUGGAAAUAGAGAAAUGA